AUGUGGCCAAAACCUAACUGCAGCUCCUCCGCCUGCGAAGAGCAUGGCCAGUGCGACUGUUAUACGUGCUGCAAUCGCGCGCACCACUAUAAAAGAGUCUGCCAGUGUGUUGGGAUAUGUCAUCACGGCGAAGUCAAUGCACCACCUAGAGACGGCACAUUCAGCUACAAUAGUCUCAAUCCGUAUGCGCUUCCGUGCCAAGGGAUCGAUCCUCACACCAACAUUUGCCAUAUAAAGCCUCUCAGGCCAACCUGUGCAGUGCCCGUACCCAACAGAUAUAUCUAUAAGUUCCCGCACAAUCUAGAUAUAGAGGGCCGCUUUUCGUGCGUUCCACACCCAAAGAAUCAAACAUGCUGUGGCCACGCAUCCUCUGGUCUGAUGGACCUUGCCACGAUUCCUUAUCCGCCCUGGGUUCCCGAAGAGAGUCAGCUUCCGGGAACAGACAGAGCGGGAUGCACAGGGGCCCAGCAGGAGACUAAUGAGGUUUUCCUCACGUCCAUGGAUCGCACUCCAGCAUUUUUCGAUUGGGAGUCCCGCAACAGAGAUAUAGAACGAGCUCGCCAGGCUGCCACGUACGAGAAGUCGUGGGCUCACGCAGGGAUGGAAAGCAGAUUGAAGAAUGGAACAGACAACGUGUAUACGUAUGGACAGAGGAGUGGGCCCGUGGGCAACCGUCGGGACUUCCACUCACUAAUUCGGCCCCGCAGUGUACAAGAAAUCUCCGUCGGCAAUCCACUCGAAUACGGGCACAACAGCUUCACUAAUAAGCCAGAUUGUAGAAAGGAGCUCGCCAUGCUCCAGAAUAACAGGCGGGUCACGAGUAUACGGAAUUGGAGCGGAGUGGCUACUGCAAAUUAUUGA